UGUUGAUCUGCUUGUGUACGGUUGAUAUGUCUCCCUGUUACUGUGCCACCCGGCCUCACCCACUCGCAGUUCGGAUUCAAGAUUGGGGAGGAAGAAAAUCUGAGUCUAUUGCAGCAAGUGACUUAUCGAGUAAACAAAGUGAGAAGCAUUAGGCGUUUCUGAUUUAAACGGAUGUCCGUAGAUAUCUGCCUGACUAUAGCAACUUUGGCUUGAAACUCAAAUUCAACAUUCGGCAGCGUAAAGAUUUCGGUCGCGGCCUUCCCACUGAGCUUUCUGGCUAUCUCGAUUGUAUGGACAGAGUCGUGGAAUGCGCGAAUGGCCUCCGUCCAUCGUACCCAGCGCAGUGGCUGAUAAGUACCAGCAGUUUUUAUAUCAGUCUUCUUCUUCUCAUGUUUGUCGUAUACACGGGUUCCUUUCGCACUGUAUAGCGGAUAAAAGCCCUAAUUUUCAAGUUUCUGCUUGUACAUAUCCCUGUUUUUGGGCAGAAGCCCAACCCAAAUCAAGUCAAGUCAAGUCAAGACAAGGUAUACACGCCACUGUUCAAUCAAAAGUCCACAUCACAGCACGACGCAAGAAGCGCAAAUCCCGCACACUACUACUGCAUCUCGACCUUACGCGUCGACAUUCGCACCACGUUCCUCCAAUCUACACACAUCGGCAUCGCAAUCUGAAAUCUGCAUCGCGAAUGGAUGGGUAUGCUGGUUUGGGGUGCGGACUUGCUGCAGGGUUUAUAGGACGUGGCUUGUCUCGCGGUUUGAAACGCGGUGGUAGAUUGUGGGGAGGGGGAUGGGCUUGUGACUUGCUUUGGGCUGGCAAGGGGGUAUUUCUUUGGUUGUUGGGGGAGGGAGAGAGGAUGUGAGGAGGCUGUGCGGUGAAGGAGUGUUGAGUGUGCCAGGAGGCUAUGCUGUGCUGUGAAGAUGUCGUGUCGCAUAGUGUCGUGUCGUGUCAUAUACACUGCGUGAAGAAGUGAGUAACGGGUGGACAAGCGGCAACGAUGGCAGCACGGGGGAUCGAU